GUUCCACGCUGAGCGACACCGAACCAUAAACAAACAUGGACGGAGACGCGACGCAAGAGAAGCAAAAUCUCUCCUCGGGCGUCGAUACGGUGGACGCACCGCCCAAUAAUUACAUAUAUAGGAAGAUUGAUGUCGCGUUUGUGGUCUGUGGGAUAUUUACGUUUCUUCUGGACUGGGGAUUUGAUAUCUUAACAGCCUACAAACACUGGCGGGAUGACGACAUCAUCUGGUUCUCAUUUACAGUUGUGUUCAUCUGCGUUCCAUCCUUUGUAAUGACAGGCGUUUCCUUACACUGGUACGUCAAAGAUGCAGACAAUGCUAAUGUGCCUAAAGCCUCAGUGUCCCGCUGGGUGGUUCGAAUAUUGUUCCAUAUUCUGCAGCUUGGCCCUAUACUCAGAUAUAUGGAUUCCUUGCAUUAUGGCCUCAUCAGUCGCAGGCACUGGAAGCAGGGAGAUAGAAAACGCCAGAUAGAAUACUAUACCUACAUGCUGUAUGAAGAUGGGGACUCGGUUUUCCUUAGGCUGUUCGAGUGCUUCAUGGAGGCAGCGCCACAGCUUGUCCUGCAGCUGUACAUCCUCUCCCUUGUGCGCAAAUCAGAAUAUGGAUCAGAUUGGUUUUAUAUUCUUUGUAUUGGAUGCUUCACUUCCCUCGUAAGCCUUGCGUGGGGAGUGACUGCCUUUGCUCGAGGAAGUCGCUUCACCAGCAUGGAAAAGCCAAAUAUAUCAAUACUUGGUUCCCUCGUCUUAAUGCUUUGGCAUCUCUUUAGUAUUAGUGCACGAGUCACAGCAAUGGUACUAUUUGCCUCCGUCUUCCGACCCUUUUUAUUCAUAUUCUGCGGGGUGCAUUGGCUCAUCAUGGUGACGUGGCUCAUGGUGCGCAAAUCACUGAAGCAAAUGUGCAAUUCAGUCCUUGGGGAGCUUGGUCUAAGUUUUAUUUUGGGUGUCAUCUACAUAUUCGUUUUCAUUAAUGAAAAAGAAGAGGAUACCAAGAAGAAGUACAUUUUCUUCUAUACUAUAUUUGGAAUAGAAAACACAAUAAUGGUGGUUGUCUGGUUGAUUUAUGCAGAUACAAGUGUGUGGUACUAUAUUCCAGGUGUUGUUUUCCACUUUUCGGCCUUUUUAUUGAGCCUUGUACUGAUGGGAAUCUACUACGGCCUUCUCCACCCAACACUACCGUCUAUCUGUAACCAGGAACGGAGUCAAAGAAGAAGAAGGCCUGAAGUUGACGAUAACGCAGAAGAGGAAGGUGAAGCCAGGGCUAUUACAUCCCAGACAGUGAUGUAAACUUAAAGAAAUGGUAUCUGUAACUUUACGGAUAUUUGUACUAUAUGGGGGUAUAAACAUAACAUUCCAGGCAGUAUGUAUGCAUUACAUAACCAUAAGAAACUUUGUGAAUUGAAGUUUAGGGAUUUGUUUUGGUUAUGUAAUACUCUAUAAAGUAUCCUCAUUGUUGUUGAAAGAUUGUUGUUAGUUCUUUUUAUUCAUGUUUUAAAUGUUUUGGUUGUCUGUCGAAAGCAGUUCCUAAUAAUCUUCAGCUUAUGAGCAUUUGUGUUUUGAGUUAAUUUGGAUUCAUUAUUCCAAUAAAACUAGGAGGUCAGUGCUGCACUAUGAAUACAAAAAAAAGAAAAAAAGAAAAAUAAUUAAUUAAAAUGUUGCACGGUACUCUGUUUCAGUUUCUGUUUUUCUUCUAAUAUGCACAAUUAAAAGUUUCAUAUUUUUUCUUCAUGUAGUAUCAGUUUAGAAAAAAAAUUAACUGAAAUAAACAGGUGAACAAUCAGAAACCGCCCAUAUUGAUUGUAAUCAUAAGUAAUGCAGAAAGAGUAUUAUAACUGGGAAGAAAAUUGAAAUUUAGUGUGCAAGAAUUUUCAGGGGGUAUUUUUUCAGUCUGUAACUGAAAGUACAAUUAAAUCACAUCACACAUCACAUUUUCUGUGCUGUCCAGAUACUGUUUAUACGAAUUUCCUGUGAUACAAGAACAUAGUGGAGCUGCUGUUCUGUAACAUGGAGCAUCAACCCAAUUGUGUUACAUACAGAUGGCUCUGCAUGUGCCCAGCUGGCAUGGGGUCUUUCAGGAGGCCCUAGUGACCGAUCCUGAUUUCCCCAUUCCUUGAUUUGGCAGAAAAAUGUGUUUUUCUUAUUAAUACAAUUGAUAUCAUU